GUAUUUCUGUCAAAUUCAAAGAUGGUUAAGCCUUGUUGGAGACCAUUUGUUGAUGGAGAUGGAAAUCGUGCAGGUGGACGAGGUAGCGGGAGGAAUGACGGCUUGUUGUGGUAUAAGGAUUUGGGGAACCAUGCUCUGGGGGAUUUCUCAAUAGCCGUGGUUCAAGCCAAUAGCAUCUUAGAGGAUCAGAGCCAGCUCGAAUCAGGGGCCUUAAGUCCCGACAAUUCAGGUCCUCGUGGGACCUUUAUUGGCGUAUAUGAUGGACAUGGAGGACCAGAGGCUUCUCGGUUCAUCAAUGACAAUCUUUUCAGCAAUCUUAAGACAUUGGCAGCAGAGCAUCAAGAGAUAUCAGAGAGCAUCAUCAAGAAGGCUUUUGCUGCAACAGAAGAGGAGUUCCUUUCGCUUGUUAAGACACAAUGGCUAAGGAAGGCACGUAUGGCAUCAGUAGGAUCGUGUUGCUUGGUAGGAAUAAUAUGCGAUGGAUUUCUGUAUGUAGCCAAUGUUGGAGAUUCUCGAGUAGUGUUAGGCAGACUAGAAAGGAGCACCAACGAAGUAACUGCUAUGCAAUUGUCUUCGGAGCACAAUGCAAACAUAGAAUCCGUAAGAGAUGAACUUCAAUCUCUGCAUCCGAAUGAUCCUCAGAUUGUUGUCUUGAAACACAACGUCUGGCGGGUGAAAGGCCUUAUUCAGGUUUCAAGGUCCAUCGGGGAUGCAUAUCUAAAGAAUGCAGAUUUCAAUCGAGAACCCCUUCAGUCGAGGUUUAGGCUGCCAGAGCACUUCCAGAAACCAAUCCUUGGUUCAGAGCCAUCCAUAUCAGUCCACAAGCUCCACCGAGAAGACCGAUUCCUCAUUUUUGCUUCUGACGGCCUUUGGGAGCAUCUUAGCAACCAGGAAGCUGUUGACAUUGUCCAAGCUUACCCGCGAAAGGGAGUUGCCCGUAGACUUGUUAAAGCUGCUCUAUGUCAAGCAGCCAAGAAAAGAGAGAUGAGAUAUGAUGAUCUGCAGAAGAUCGCUCAAGGAGUCAGAAGACAUUUUCAUGAUGAUAUUACGGUUAUAGUUGUGUUCAUUGAUUUCCAGCUGAUCAAGAUGACCCCCAACUGCAGUUUUCCUAUUUCAAUAAGAGGCUGCGGAGGGGACCGUGCUUCAGAUAAUUGAUUAUUCGUUGGUUGCAAAAGCCAUUUCCCUUUCAUUUCCCAUGGGGUACCCGAUCCUUUUUCAGAAUAUGCUUCAA